ACUUGUUUCUAUCUCUCUUAUGACAAUUGCAAUAGUCUCUGGAAGCAUAGUAGCAGUUAUAGUGAUAGCAGGAGUAAUUGGAGUCUGGAUCUAUAGGAAAAGAAGACUUCAACAUCGAGAAGAAAGCAUUCCAGUGCAUUAUCGGAAACGUCCGUUACCCACACCUCCCCCGGUGUACGAAGAGAUAGGCAUUUCCCGGGGAAUAAUACAACAAACCGAACCAUCUGGCGAUCAUAAGGAUGAUUAUCGCAGACCAUCUUCUGAAGCUAAAAUGGGGUCACAAAUCAAUAAAUAUCUUACAGCGAUGUACUCAAGAGAAAAUCGUCAAGAAGGCAAUGUCAACGAUGGAUAUGAAAAUACUGGUUAUAUUACAGAACCAGAAUUUACUGCUCCAGUUGACACUCCACCUAAUGGAUAUCUGGAACCAAUGACGCACACGAGCCUUUCUCGCCAUGAGGUUGUAUACGAAGUUACAUAUGUCGAUGGUGAUUUUACUGAUCCAGAUUAUAUUUAUCCGGAAACUGUCCCAUCACGCAGAAUCCAAUAAAUAUCGUGUCGAUUCCUUUCUGAUUACGGGCCGGACAAAUAUACUUGAAGAUCUUUUGUUUUUCUG